ACGGGGCCGCUCCUCCACACCCACGCCGAUCACCCCGACUCUCUCACUGUGGAAGCCAGCGAGCGAGAGAGAGAGGUGUGUGUUCUAACCCACGCACUGGAGUGGGAGAUGGCGUGCGCAUGCUCACGUGCACACACACACACACACACACAGCAGUGUGUGCGUGGGUUGAAGCCAGCAGCCUUCCACUCGUCCUGCUCCUACCUCCCUCCUCAUCAGCAUCCUCCUCUUCCUCCUGCUUGAUCAGUCCAUCAUGAUGGAGAACAAGUCGCUCAUCUGCUGGGAUGGGCCGGCCAGCUCCCACAAUACCAUCUGAAGGUCUCGCUGCCGCCACCCACCUGAGGCGUCCCCACGGCUUCGUACGUCCGAGACAUCGAGCCGCCCGUCACACUGGACCAGGACCAGACUCCGAUCAGAACACUGAAGCCAUAAAGUGGUCCGGCUCUGGAUCAGUCCAGCACAGAUCGCUCACAGGAAAAGUUUGAUGGGACUGCUGCCUGUAGCCACAUGCCUCUGAGUCCAGCUGCUGACACCAAACAUGAUCGCCCACGCCAACAGGCGGUUACUAACGGCAACGCGACAGGCUCUACCGUUGCCAGGGACGACGACGCGGAGGACACGCCCUCUGGAAACAGCAUCGUCGUCCGUAUCGGCAUCCCGGACCUACAGCAGACGAAGUGUUUGCGGCUGGACCCAGAUUUACCCGUUUGGACCAGUAAGCAGAGGGUUCUGGUCACCUUGACUCAGUCUCUGUCGGAUGUUUUGAACUAUGGUCUCUUCCAGCCGGCGUUCAACGGCCGUGCUGGCAAGUUUCUGGAUGAGGAGCGACUGUUAAAAGAGUAUCCCCUCCCCCCUAUCACGCCAAUCCCAUACCUGGAGUUUCGUUACAAACGCAGAGUUUAUACGCAGAGUUACGUGGACGACAAGCAGCUAGCCAAGCUGCACACCAAAGCCAACCUGAAGCGCUUUAUGGAACAUGUCCACCAGAAGAAUGUGGAGAAGGUUUCCAAAUGGCUGGAAAAAGGUCUGGAUCCAAACUUCCACGACUCCGACAGCGGCGAGUGUCCACUCACGCUGGCGGUCCAGUUGGAGGAGAGCUGCGAUCUCAUCAAAGUUCUCCGCAGCGGCGGCGCUCACCUGGACUUCCGCACCAGAGAUGGAAUCACCGCCCUGCAUCGGGCCGUCUUGUGCCGGAACAGCUCCGCUCUCACGACUCUGCUGGACCUGGGAGCGUCUCCGGACUACAAGGACAGCAGAGGACUGACGCCCCUCUACCACUCCGCCAUGGUGGGUGGCGCCCCCUACUGCUGUGAGCUGCUACUGCAGGACCACGCCAGCAUCGGCAUGACCGACGAGAAUGGAUGGCAGGAAAUCCACCAGGCGUGUCGCUUUGGAAACGUGCAGCACUUGGAGCACCUGCUGUUCUACGGUGCCGACAUGAGCUCCCAGAAUGCAUCAGGAAACACCGCGCUGCACCUCUGUGCGCUCUACAAUCAGGACAGCUGUGCCAGAGUGCUGCUCUUCAGAGGAGCCAACAAGGACAUCAAGAACUACAACAACCAGACUGCCUUUCAGGUGGCCAUCAUCGCUGGCAACUUUGAUUUGGCCGAAAUCAUCAAGAUUCACAAAACCUCCGACGUUGUUCCCUUCAGAGAAACGCCAUCCUACACCAAACGCCGCCGCAUGGGAACCAUCAGGUUGCCGGCCGGAAACGGUCUCUCCUCGCCGCGCUCUUUGAUUCGCUCAGCCAGUGACAACGCGCUGGAAAGCCCCGCCUCCUCCCCCGGCCCCUCUUUGCAAAGCCUGGAAACACACCACGACACGCACACACACUCCCUACGACGACACACUCGCAGGCUCAGUCCCAGUGGCGCCGGUGGUCAUGUGGAAACCAGCCCCCCUUCCUCCCCGCCCCCGACCCCCCAGUUAAGGAAGAAGAGGCUAUACAGCGCCGUGCCGGGACGCACCUUCAUCGCCACGCGCUCCCACGUGCCCCAGGGUUCCGGAGAGAUCCAGCUGCACCGCGGCGAGAGGGUGAAAGUCCUGUCCAUCGGGGAAGGAGGAUUCUGGGAAGGAAACGUCAAAGGAAGAACUGGCUGGUUCCCCGCCGACUGUGUUGAGGAAGUCCAGAUGAGACAGUACGACCCCAGACUGGAGACGAGGGAGGACCGCACCAAGAGACUCUUCAGGCACUACACAGUGGGCUCCUACGACAACUACACCUCCUACAGCGACUACGUGAUCGAGGAGAAGAUGGCCGUGCUGCAGAAGAGAGAGAGCGAAGGCUUCGGCUUCGUCCUCAGAGGAGCCAAAGCUGAGACGCCCAUCGAGGAGUUCGCCCCCACCCCGGCGUUUCCUGCCCUGCAGUACCUGGAGUCUGUGGACCAGGGGGGCGUGGCCUGGAGGGCGGGGCUGCGUACAGGAGACUUUCUCAUAGAGGUCAACGGCGCCGACGUGGUGAAGGUGGGUCACCGCCAGGUGGUCUCGCUGAUCCGGCAGGGCGGCAGCCGCCUGCUGAUGAAGGUCGUGUCUGUUUCCCGCAAAUCAGACACCAACCUCAUCAGGAAGAAAGCUCCUCCCCCGCCCAAGCGAGCACCCAGUACCUCAUUGACACUCCGGUCCAAGUCCAUGACCGCUGACCUGGAGGAGAUAGCCAGGAGGAGGCGCUUUGACAAACUGGACGAAAUGUUGGCGGGAAGCACACACGAAGUGGUCUUGCGCUCCCGCCCCUCUGACGACUUCAGGGCGGCCACGGUCAAACAGAGGCCCACCAGCCGACGCAUCACUCAGGCUGAAAUUAAUUCCUUGUUUGAGCGUCAGGGUCUGGUACCGCCCACCGCUCCAGGGAAGAGCACCAUGGCUUUGCCGCGAGGAAUGUCGAGAACCAAAAGUUUUGGCACGCCCGAGGACGACAGGAUCUCCGCUUUGAUCAACGAAAGUCGUUUUCCGCGGAGCUCCUCGCUGACAGACAGCUUCAUCCCGCCUCCGCCUCAGACAGCGCCACCCCCUCCUCCCUCCGCUUCCUCCACCUCUUCGCUCUUCCUGCUCGACUCCGGGCCUCCGCCCUCCUUCCUUCCUCCGCCGCCCCCCGCCAGAGGGGAGGGUCUGACCCGCUCCAGCUUUAAACCCGGGGCGGAGCCAAGGCUGCAGGAGCUGGCGGACUCGCCGCUGAGGAGCCAUGCCCACGCAGAGCGCCAGAGAAAGGCCAGGUCCAUGAUCAUCCUGCAGGACACGCCCCCUCAACUGCAGACCGAGACGCACGCCGCCACGCCCGCCAUGCACACGCUGCACAGCUCCGCGCACACUUCCACGCUGUCUCUCCAUAGCCCGAGCUCCGCCCUCGGCCAUUCGCCGCUGUCACGCCGCCGUGGUCGGCCCAUAGAAAAUCCUUAUGCUAAUGUAGGCCAGCAGGCUGCGCCCACCAAACCUCAGAGGAGGAAGUCACCGCUGUUAAAACAGCUUCCUGUGGAGGAGCAGGGACUCAAAGAUCACGACGCAAAGUUGGAGUUGGGUGGACCCGGCAGCCCCAGCAGGGCAGAGCUGUACCAGCAGCAGGUGCUGUCUGAGCGUGCCCGGGUCCAAGGCCGCCGCUCGUCCCUCUUCCUGUCUGUGGAGGGCUCCGGCUCCGAACACCAGGUCCCGCCUCUCCUUACGCAAAGUCACUCCAUGGACGACCUCGGAGAGCUACCCCCGCCUGCGCCGGUCCUGUCACCAUCGCCGUCGCCCCACACCUUCCUCCACCCGCUGACCGGCAAACCUCUGGAUCCUUCAUCUCCACUUGCCCUGGCUCUGGCCGCACGAGAACGAGCGCUCACUGCGCGCACGCCUAGCCCGGAGCCACGGACCAAACACACCUCUGCCUCGACCACUCCCAUUCCCACGCCGGCCGCCAGCCCAGAAGGCAGACACAAGCGCACGCCGGUCCCCACCCCGCAGAGCAGCCCUGAGCCACGAUCCAAACGCACUACCCCUCAGACCAGCCCAGAGCCGCGAAGCAAGCGCACCACCCCUCAAACCAGCCCAGAGCUCAGACACAAGCGCAUAACCCCGCCCCUUUUCCCUGACGGACAGGUGGAACGGCCCGAAGCCGAGGGAGGUGUGACGUCUCCCGCCGGCCCCUCCCCAGAGCGCUGGAGACCUGUCCCUCUGGCGAGCCUGGUCAAUGAAAGCCACUCUCCUCUGAUUGACAGGCGCAGGAGCCUGACCAUUGGCAGUUCAGAGGAAGAGGGCGGAGCUUACACCGUAAAACUCCCCCCCGCCUUGCUGUCGUCUAGUGACGAGGAGACGAGGGAGGAGCUGCGCAGAAUAGGCCUGGUGACGCCACCCGCCGCUUUUGCCAGCCCCCCGACCUCACUCACCUUGUUGCCGCGGCGAAGUGGCGAGGGCGGGGGCAGCGCUCCCGACUCUUUGGGGAGGAGAGGUGAGGAGGACGAGGGUGACGAAGAGCGUCUCCAUGACAGCUCCUCCCCCAGCUCCCUUCCCCCCUCCAUCACCUUGGCCUCGCCUCCUGCUCCCUCGUCCCCCUCCUCGCCGCCCGCUUCUCACACCGUCACCUCUCCGUCCGCCCUCAAACCUCGCCUCCGCUCCCCCAUUGGGCGAGGCCGCUCAGCCCUCAGGGACCCCCUCCUUAAGCAGUCGUCUGACAGCGAGCUCCUCCCCUCGGCCGCUUCCUCCUCGCCGACCUCCCCACUCUUGUGCUCCCCCACUGGCGGACGCCAGCCUCGCUACCUCUUCCAGAGGCGCUCCAAGCUGUGGGGGGGCGGCGAGGACCGUAAUGACGACCGCCAAGGGUUUGGCACCGAGGAGGGUGGGGGCCGGCCGGCGGCCCUAGGGGGUCAAGGGUCGGGCUCGGCGGUAGACCUUAGCGGGCGGUCGGCGUCGGCGUUGGAGCUGAGCGGCCGGGCAGGGUCAGGUCUCGACCUCGCCAACAGACUUCAAUUGCUCAACAAGGACAGCCACUCCCUGGGGGAGGAGCCAAGCCCUCUAGACCCAGGACGCAGGUCGCCAGUAGGCGGGGCCAGGUUGUUCUCCAGUCUGGGCGAGCUGCACACCAUCUCCCAGCGAGGAUACGGCGCCACCUACACGGUUCGACCAGGAAGCCGUUACCCUGUCACACGCAGGAGCCCCUCCCCUUCGCCCUCGCCCUCUGAUAGGUCGACGGGGCUGGGCUCCUCCUCCCACUCGCCGUGCUCCGACAGGCCGGACCUGAGCUCAGGUCGAGGUCUGACCAUCCUCAAGUCGUCCAGUCUCAGUCUACCCUCGGAACCCAAGGAGGUCCGCUUCGUCAUGCGCAGCGCCAGCGCUCGGACCAGGUCCCGCUCGCCGUCGCCCUCCCCCCACGCCUCGCCCUGUCCCUCGCCGGUCCUGAGCGGACCCCUGCUGGCCCUGCGACCAUGGAGGCAGCGCCCUCUCAGCCUGUGGAACAAAUACGACGUGGGCGACUGGCUGGAGAGCGUGGGCCUGGCCGAGCAUCGUCAACGCUUCCAGGAACACGAGAUCGAAGGCUCGCAUCUUCCCGCCCUCACCAAGGACGACUACGUAGAGCUGGGCGUCACCCGACUGGGCCACCGCAUCAACAUCGAGCGGGCCCUCAGACAGCUGCUGGAGGGCUCCACUUGACCCCUGUGACCUCCCAACCUUUGAGACAGCGGGGUUGGCGUCCUCUCGUCUCGUCGGCUCUUUCAUCAAACGGUGAAUUACUGCUGAGCUCCUUUACAAGCACAAACCUUCCAAGUGAAGAACCAAGUAAGUAACACCUGACUGAUGGUCCUCACUGUGUAACAUACCUUAGCUUAGCUUAGCCUAGCCUUAGCAACUGAACUAAUUCCACUUUGAUCAAAGAGCUGAUUAUUUUUCUCCUCCAAUUAUUGAAGAGUGUUUUCCUUUUUGACUUUCUAUCUUACUUAGCGCUGACCAUUUAGCAACAAUCAUGUGCUCGUGAUGACGUUUGACGGUGGACUUUUUUUGUUGUGUUGCUGAUUGACUGAUCGAUGGUGCUACAUGUUCCCGCCAAGCCAUCUGUACGCAAAGCAUCUCGUCCAAUCAAAAGGGGUUUCCUCUCUGCCAUAAGGGUUCGCUUUGAUCCCGCCAUACGUGGAGAUUCCUCCCUGCUUGCUCAAAUCCUUUCUUUUACUUUUUGAAGAAAAUAGCUUAUUGUUUUCUCCUCAACAUCUCCUACUAGGAAGAGUAUGUCCGUCCGCGAGCGCUCAUUUUAUUAUUAUUUUCACUAAUAUGUAGGCCUGGACUCCAGUGGAAGAAAUAAUGGAAGGACAAAUAGAAGCUUAGCUUAGCCUAGCCUAGCGCAAUAAAGUGUACAAGGAAGCACUACCGUAUUUUCUGGACCGUAGGGCGCACCGGAUUAUAAAGCACACUGCCGAUGAAUGGUCUAUAAUUGAUCUUUUUCCAUAUACCGUAUUUUCCGCACUAUAAGGCGCACCGGAUUAUAAGGCGCACCUUCAAUGAAUGGCCUAUUUUAAAACUUGGUUCAUAUAUAAGGCGCACCGCAUUAUAAGGCGCAUAGAAUAGACGCUACAGUAGAGGCUGUGGUUACGUUAUGCAUCCCGUAGUUGCGAGACCUGUUGUGGCUCAAUAUUGGUCCAUAUAUAAGGCGCACCGGAUUAUAAGGCGCACUGUCAGCUUUUGAGAAAAUUGGAGGUUUUUAGGUGCGCCUUAUAGUGCGGAAAAUACGGUAUAAGGCGCAUUAUAGGGUGCAUUAAAGGAGUCAUAUUAUCAUUAGUAUUUUCUAAAUGUAAAAGACUUCCUUGUGGCCCGGUACCGGUCCGUGGAUCGAUUGGUACCGGGAUGCACAAGAAAUUAAAAAAAUAAAUAAAUAAAAUAAAAUAAUAAUUAUUUUUUAUUUUUUUAUUAAAUCAACAAAAAAACACAAGAUCAAUCAAUCAAUCAAUGUUUAUUUAUAUAGCCCUAAAUCACAAGUGUCUCAAAGGGCUGUACAAGCCACAACGACAUCCUCGGUACAGAGCCCACAUACGGGUAAGGAAAAAGAUACAAUCAAUCAAUCAAUCAAUCAAUGUUUAUUUAUAUAGCCCUAAAUCACAAGUGUCUCAAAGGGCUGUACAAAAAAAAAAAAAAAAAAGCUAAGUAUCGCUCUAUCUGUGUACAAUUGUAAGAUUCACUUACAAUUAGUGCACCAACCCAAAAAACCUCCCUCCCCCAUUUACACUCAUUCACACUCAUUCACACAAAAGGGUUGUUUUUUUCUGUUAUUAAUAUUUCUGGUUCCUACAUUAUAUCAAUAUAGAUCAAUAUAUUGAUAUAUGAAAAUUUUCAAGAGUUACAAAAAGGUUGGGGACCACAGGUCUACAAAACAUGUAAUGGUGGUUCUUUGGUCAAAAUGUUGCAUAGAUCAGUGGUCCCCAACCACCGGGUCGUGGCCCGGUACCGGUCCGUGGAUCGAUUGGUACCGGGCCGCACAAGAGAAAAAAAAACAACCUUUUUUCUUUUAUUUUUAUUUUUUUUUAUUAAAUCAACAUAAAAAACACAAGAUACACUUACAAUUGUGCACCAAACCAAAAAAAACCUCCCUCCCCCAUUCACACUCAUUCACACUCAUUCACACAAAAGGGUUGUUUCUUUCUGUUAUUAAUAUUUCUGGUUCCUACAUUAUAUAUCAAUAUAGAUCAAUAUAUUGAUCCACCUCCCAAGCCUCCCAAUUUUCAUGUGUUGACCGGUCCGCAGUUACAAAAAGGUUGGGGACCACAGGUCUACAAAACAUGUAAUGGUGGUUCUUUGGUCAAAAUGUUGCAUAGAUCAGUGGUCCCCCAACAACGGUCCGUGGAUCGAUUGGCCGCACAAGAAGAAAAAAAACUUUUUUUAUUUAUUUAUUAAAUCAACAUAAACAACACAAGAUACACUUACAAUUAGUGCACCAACCCAAAAAACCUCCCUCCCCCAUUUACACUCAUUCACACAAAACAGUUGUUUCUUUCUGUUAAUAUUUGUGGCUCCUAUAUUAUAUAUCAAUAUAGAUCAAUAUACAGUCUGCAGGGAUACAGUCCGUAAGCACACAUGAUUGUAUUUUUUUAUGACUAAACAAACCCCCCCCCCCCCCCCGGUCCGUGGACCAAAUUUUCAAGCGUUGACCAGUCCGCAGCUACAAAAAGGUUGGGGACCACUGGCAUAGAUGAUGUUUUACAGAUCAUCUUCAAGCCGCUUUCUGACAAUCGCUUCCGGAUGCGCCGUUUUGUGGGCGGUCUUAUUUACGUGGCUCACCUUCGACGGCGUCUUCUCCCCGCCAUCUUUGUUGUAGCGGUGUAGCGUGCAAGGACGCGAGUGGAAGAAGUCUCAAAAGAUGGCGCUAACUGUUUUAAUGACAUUCACACUUUACUUCAAUCAAUAACGGAGCAGCGUCUCCUCAUCCGGAAACAACAACACCGGAAAUGUGUCCCGCGAAAAACCGUCCGAACGGAGCUCUCUAAUAACUAAAGUUCCUUGGGUGAAUUAUGUAAACUCACUACACCGGUAUGUUUUAGUGCUUUCAUGGCGAGUUUACUGACAGAUAUAAGUAAGAACUUUACACUACUUUUAUAUUAGAAAUGGCAACAGCGGAAGAUGAAUGUCACAUAACAAGAAGAUAAAGAAAAAGCUUAUCGACUACGGAGUCGCCACGGACUAGAAAGGCGGAUGCGUGCAAUUUUUCAGAAUUUAUGCAGAUACCAAAUACAGAUCAGCAGGUACCAGAAGGUAACAAAAGUUGCUUUUGCAUAAUAUUGCGAAACAAAACACCAGAUAAUGUCUUACCUUAUACACACACCAGCCUACACUUAUCUCUUAUGUUUGACUGCCAUCUACUGGGCACACUUAUCAUUACACCAUGUACCAAAUAAAAUUGCUUCGAGGUGGGUAAGCUCAACCAAACUUAUUCCUUACAUUAGGCGCACCGGGUUAUAAGGCGCGCUGUCGAGUUUUGUGGGUAAAAAAUAAGGAUUUUAAGUGCGCCUUAUAGUCCGGAAAAUACGGUACUUUUUUGUCCCUGUGCUAAGUAAACAUACUACAUCAAAGAAGCUUCUGGAAGAUGUUAGCGUGACCACAAACAAAACGACGUGUUGUGCUAAAAUGUCAUUUAUGGACACAAUGGGUGGAGUCUUGCCCUCUACGCCAGCAGCCGUGCUUUCUGUCGAGUGUCUUGCGCGGGUCUCCAACAAUCAGUGUGAGGCGAUAGCGGGACGAGCCCAGCAAGGCACGGGACAGAGUCGGGGUAUGAACCACACGGAAGAUACGAGGAAGACAGCAUGACGCUACUUGUGGGUCGGAGGUCACAUUAGAUCAUUAGAACAUGUAGCUGAUUAUGUGAUCUGAAUAUCUUUGAUUCAUCAAGACCAGUAAUAAGCAAUAGUCUCCUCCAUUGAUUACCACUUAACUAUUGUUUCUUUCUAGAAGGUUGUUGUUGGACUGAGUGACAACGUGUGUAACCUUUCUAAUAAAGGCUCAUUUAC